AUGUUUUCAAAUGUUUCACGCACUCAAAAACUCCGCUCACAUAGUCCCAGAGGCAUCAAAUUAUUCGGCGUCACUGAAUCACUCUUGCACAUCAAAUAUGAGGCUCUCUCCUGGUCUGGUUUCGCUACACAGCAACAACUUCGAAAAACUACAAUCUCUCAUCAAAAAAUUAAUUCGUCUCAACUACAUACAUUCAUCAUAGUCACCACAGUCACCCAAAUAUUCCACGCGCACAAUUCAAGACUGUUCAAGACGAGAUCUUCAUCACAAGACACCUUAAACAUAUUAACACUCAGUUGGCUCAUGAGGUUAUUCUCCAGUGGACUUGAAAGCCCUGCUGAUGAACAGGCAAGAAUGCAAUCUGAUUAG